AGAUGCGCACACCGAAGACGCGGCAGCACAGAAAUGCGCACAGCUCCAAACCAGAGCCGGUGGUAGCUUCACAUCCAAACACCCCAGACCCACCUCUGAACGCAAUGGGUUAGAGGGAAUAUGGCAAAGUUUGACACACUUUGUUUACCAUGGGAAAUGCCCUGCGUUGUCUGGAGAGCCGUGCUGCCGAGCGGCUGAAUUGAGAGCACAAUAACACAGAGACUUGACAGAGGAAACCUGAUUCCAAUCAUUUCUAUUCCCAGUUCCUCUCCCACUUUGCUUUUGAGAGAUGAUCACGGAGCUGGUAUGCACCGCCGUGGCUGUGGGUCUCUAUCUGAACACGCUGGACGCAGAUUUCUGCUACGAUGACAGCCGAGCCAUCAAGACCAACCAGGAUCUUCUCCCUGAGACUCCAUGGACCAACAUCCUGUAUGAUGACUUCUGGGGAACCCUACUGACUCACAGUGGCAGCCACAAAUCCUUUCGUCCUCUUUGCACCCUGUCUUUCCGCCUCAACUACACCCUACACGGCCUUCGUCCCUGGGGCUACCACCUGCUGAACGUGGCACUGCAUGCACUCGUCACAGCCCUUUUCACAGCAUUCAGUCGGCCGAUGUUGGGUGGAGGACCCUGGAGCCUGCUGGCUGGCCUUCUUUUUGCCUCUCAUCCAGUGCACACUGAAGCAGUUGCCGGCGUGGUGGGGAGGGCGGAUGUCGGCGCUGCGUUGUUCUUCCUGCUGUCUCUUUUCUGCUAUGUGAGACACUGUGGACUUCGUGGGGACCCACGCGGGUCCUUCCAUGCCAGGCGCUGUGGUAGCAGCCCACUCACCGGGUGUUGGGGUUGGCUGUUUGGGAGUCUGUGGUGUGCUGCAGCCAGUAUGCUGUGGAAGGAACAGGGGGUGACAGUGCUGGCUGUGUCGGCUGUGUAUGACCUCUUCGUUUUCCACAGACUCCGAUUUCGCCAAACAUUUCUCCUUCUGCUUGGAAAGAAAAAGAACAUCAGUGUUUUGCUGAGUCUCGGUGCGCUGGCUUCCUGGGGAGUGAUUCUGCUGUCAGCUCGCCUUUACUGGAUGGGCAAUAAGCCUCCCAACUUCUCUAACUCUGACAACCCUGCAGCUGACUCAUCUCAUUUUCUCACUCGAACACUAACAUUCCUCUACCUGCCUGCCGCCAACACCUGGCUCCUCCUCUGCCCUGACAAACUCAGCUUUGAUUGGUCCAUGGACGCUGUGCCCUUGGUCAGGUCUCUGGCUGACUGGAGGAACCUUCACACUGUUGCCUUUUAUGGUGGAUUUAUCCUUUUGGCUCUUUUUGGUCUCUAUGGCCCUGCAUCCAAAGUUAAGGAGACCAAUGGGAAAGCCCAGGUCACGAAUGGGAAAUCAAUCACAAAUGGAAAUGGCUACCAUGCCGCUGACACAAACCAUAACAUAAACUCCGAGCAGGGGCCGCCAAAGACCACCCUGAACGGGUCAGCUGGACUUCACCAGUGCCCUCAAUGGACAUCUCUGCCUCCAACAGAAAACCUUGUACUCUUCUCAUUAUGCAUCCUAUCAUUACCAUUCCUUCCAGCGACCAAUCUCUUCUUUUAUGUAGGAUUUGUAAUUGCAGAGAGGGUACUAUACAUUCCUAGUAUAGGCUUUUGCUUACUGGUUGCUACAGGUGCAAGAGUCUUAUAUGUCAGACUGAGGACUAGUGGCAACAAGGCCUUAAUUUUAUGUCUUUGCGCAGGACUAGUUCUGCUGAAUGGACUCAAAACUAUUCAAAGAAACAGGGACUGGAGCAAUGAGGAGAACCUCUACAAGUCUGGGAUCACUGUAAACCCUGCUAAAGCCUGGGGUAACUUGGGGAACGUACUGAAGAACCAGGGCAAGAUGGUGGAGGCAGAAAAGGCGUACAGAAACGCUCUGCAUUACCGAGGAAACAUGGCUGACAUGCUGUAUAACCUGGGUUUGCUGCUUCAGGAGAAUGACCGUUUUUCUGAGGCACUGCAUUAUUACAAACUGGCCAUUGCAAGUCGGCCCACACUGGCAUCUGCCUAUCUGAAUACAGGUAUCAUCCUAAUGAACCAAGGCAAUCUGGAAGAAGCUAAACGCACCUUCUUGACUUGUGCUGACAUUCCCGAUGAGAACUUGAAGGACCCCCAUGCUCACAAGAGCUCUGUCACCAGCUGCCUGUACAAUUUAGGAAAAUUGCUCCAUGAACAGGGCCAGCAGGAGGAGGCCUUGUCUAUUUAUAGGGAAGCAGUACAGAAAAUGCCCAGACAGUUUGCACCACACAGCCUUUUCAACAUGAUGGGAGAGGCCUACAUGAGGCUGAACAAGCUGGAGGAAGCAGGUCACUGGUACAGAGAGUCUCUCAGGGCCAAGCCCGACCAUAUCCCUGCCCACCUCACUUAUGGCAAACUGCUAUCCAUCAUUGGGCAGAAGACUGAAGCAGAGAGGUACUAUCUAAGAGCGAUUCAACUAGACCCCACAAAAGGAAACUGCUACAUGCACUAUGGUCAGUUCCUGCUGGAGCAGUCUCGUCUUGGUGAGGCAGCAGAGAUGGCAGAGAGAGCAGCAGAACUGGACAGCUCAGAGUUUGAUGUGGUCUUCAGUGCUGCUCACAUGCUCAGACAGGCCAGUCUGAAUGAGGCAGCAGAGCGGCAGUAUGAGCGAGCAGCCAGCCUCAGACCAGAUUACCCAGCUGCUCUGAUGAACCUGGGUGCAAUUCUUCACCUGAAUGGAAAACUCCCUGAAGCAGAGGCCAACUACCUGCGUGCACUUCAGCUAAAACCUGAUGAUGUCAUUACCCAGUCCAACCUGCGCAAAUUGUGGAACAUCAUGGAGAGGCAGGGCCUCAGGACUCGCCAAGGGCUCGGGAUGUAGAAGGGAAACCGUUGAAGCAUGGGAGUUGCUUCUGCAGUGUUCUGUCAGCAGGCAGCUCUGUGGACAACGCAGGAAAAGACUGUUUCUUCAGAAGUGUGGCUUGUGAUGCUUGGCAUGUUUGGAACUGGAAGGUUUAAGAGACUACCCAACUUUAUUUCAUCACCACAACUGAAUGGUGGAUCGAACAACUAAAACUGUGGUCACUUUUAUUGAGAAAUUAUUAAAUAAGACACUGAAGUCAAACACAAAUACCCAAAAAGUCCAAAUGAAUAAAAAUCCAGUGACAAAGAUUUAGUGAGAAACAUUUUAUAUAAAUGAGGAUGUAGCAAAAAUAUUGUAAUUAUAAUUUAAUCAAAUGGGCAUCAGCAUUGCUGAGAUCACUAUUGGAUUACCUUUUGUUAUGUUUGCUGACAUUUGUUCUGAAUGAAAUCCCUGAUUAAAUAGCCUCAGGGUGAUCGAGCCUUUAUUUUUUUCUCUGAACACAGCAAAUGCACAAUUCCGUCAUAAGCAUGCCAGUGCAUAGACAUCUUCAGGUACCUCUCCUUAUUACAGUGCUGUACAGAACAUCGCUCAAAAAGAAAAGGUUAAAUCAUUAUUAACAGCAGUUCACAUCUUUCUGUCCAAGUCACUGAAGAGUAUCCUGACCUGAUGGGAUUCAGAUUCACAUAUUUGUGAUUGUAAAAAAAAGAAAACUUCUCAGCGGUGCCAAAGCUUGUACUGAGACUUUAUGCCUCUAGUGCCAAGCAAGAACUAUUUUCACUUAUGUAUUGUGUUUUUUGUGUCAAAGAUGUUUCAUUUCAUGUGAUCAAAUAAUUAAAUUUAAUUUAUUAAUAUGUUAUUAUUUUAAGUGAAAAUUCCAACACUGUGCCAUUUCUAUGUCAUGUUAUCUCACUGUCUGUCAUUUCUCAGAUGGAUUUAGAUAGAUGGGCUACAUUAGACAACACCACAACAAUUACAUUAAAAUGUUUUCUCAUAUAUGUAUUUUUUCUCUCUGCUCAGGGACAUCAGGUUGUGAUUCCUGUCACAGAAAUGGUUUGUGACACAGAGAGACGUUGGCAAAAAAAAAAAAAAAAAAUGAAGUGAGAUGUUAGACAUUUUUCAAUGAUUGUGAUGUUGGGUUAAGUUAUAGAAAAUGUGUAGCUGAAAAAAGUGUUGUGUUUUGUAAAGAGAAGUGAACCUUUUUCCAUAAUAAAAACAUGACUUUUGCUCUCA